AUGGAUAAUGAACAUUGGAAUCGGACCGGACAACAUGGAUUAAGGAUUGGAAUUUGGAAUGUGAGAACGUUAUACAAAGUAGGAGCCCUUCAAACGCUAACAGAAGUAGUAGAAAAAUAUAACAUACACCUUAUAGCGUUACAAGAAACUAGGUGGCCAGGAGAAGGAAGUAUCACAUCUGGCAAUAUGGUGUUUAUGUACGGGGGAAACAAGAAUAACAAACAUGAAAACGGAGUAGGAUUUAUGAUUCAUAAAAGUAUUAUGCCGCAGGUUAAACAGUUUAUAGUAGUAAAUGAGAGAAUAUGCUACUUACGAAUAAAUAUGAAACAUCAUGAUCUGGUAAUAAUUUGUACAUACGCUCCUACAGAAACGACAGACAAAGAAAUGAAAAAUAUCUUUUAUGAUUCAUUAAAAAAUACUUAUGACUCCCUACCAAACCAUUGUGUUAAGUUAAUAAUGGGAGACCUUAACGCCCAAAUAGGACAGGAAGAAAUAUAUAAAUCUGUUGUAGGGAAACUUAGCCUUCACGAAAGAAGUAACAAUAACGGGAUAAAGCUGAUAAAUUUCGCUAUAAGCAGAGGAAUGAAUAUCAGUAGCAUGCAGUUUCCCAGAAAGAAUAUAUAUAAACAUACGUGGAUAUCACCAGGUGGCAGAUACACCAGCCAAAUAGACCAUGUACUAAUGAAUAAUAGAUACAAAUCAAUUGUUACAAAUGUUAAAAGCUAUAGAGGAGCAGAUGUAGAUUCGGACCAUUAUCUUUUAAUUGGAGUCUUCAAGAGUAAAAUGGCAGCAAAGUGGAAUAAUGAAAAAAAAUCAAAAACAACUAGAAAAUUUGACAUCAAGAAGCUUAAAGAAGAAGAAAUACGAAAAAAAUACCAGGAAACAGUAGAAGAAAAAUUAAAAUAA